CCCAUAUUAAGUUUUAGCUAGUGACACAACAAUGGGGGGAUUGAAGUUUGUCGCGAUAUUUUGUGUGUUGGGUUUGAGUGUUUGUGGUGAGGUUUGUCACACGGAGAGUGGGGACAAGCAGAUUGGUGACACGUGGGAGGAGGACUGCCAGAUGUGUAGAUGUCGUAGUUCGGAGGGUUCGGCGUCGGUAGACUGUAUUCAUGACCUGUGCCCACCCCCCCAAAUUGCUUGCAUCAAGUGGGACAACAGUGGCUGCUGUCCAGUAUGUGUGGAAAAGGGUUGCAAACACGAAAACGAAACCUACCCCAUUGGGUACCGGGGCAAUCCGGACCCGUGCACCACGUGCGUCUGUGAAGAAGAUGGUAGCUACCAGUGCAUGGUCAUGGCUUGUAUGAUAGCCGGGCCACAAUGUCGAGUAACUCUUGGGGGAGAUGUGGAAUGCUGUGAACUGAAAAGAAUUGAAGGAACUUGCUGUGGAACUGAAGAAAUUUGUCCACCAGGUUUCGGUUCGAAAUGAUUACGACAACAGAGAUGAAACAAAUAAAAACAUUUUUCAGCAUAA